GCGUCGCCAGCUGCCACAUUGCCAUAGUCAUCGCUUCACGUCAUGUUUUUCCACGCCGUGAGUGCAGCCUGUGAGUAGUGGUCAUGGCAGGAGUGGAAGUACCUCCAGUAUUUAAAGACCUCCCGGUCAAAGUGCAAACGUCCAAGCUUGUCACUCGCAAGGAGCUCUUCUGCCAGCUGGAAGAAGCGGCAAAAACCGGAUGCCUAGCGGACCCUGUGGUGCGUGGCCUGUGCCAAGUGCUGGGCUGACGCUUUCCCGGUAUCAUGGGAGCACUUCGCGCCACCUGGUGGAACAGCUGGUCGAUUCCUUGCUGGCCUCCCAACCGUCCAGCGCGGGUCACCUCAUCUCCACCAUCCUUGACGUGUCGCGUGACCACAAGCCCCUCUUCAUCACGAAGAACCUGGCUCGCACGUGCCUCACGGCGUUCAGCUGGUCUUGCAAAGUAGCCCACCAGGUCCUGGUCAAUCGGGGAGACCUCAAACCCGACAAGAUCCGAGACCUGGUGGAGGCUCAAACCAACCUGCUUCUGUCGGUGUCGUCAGCAUGUGAUGCCACGCUCAACAAGAAGCUCAAGAGGAAAAUCAACUAUCUCUGGAAACAGGUGACUUCAACAUUCUGCCCUGGAUAUCAGAGGCACAUUGCACACUCUGAACUCUCCCGCAGCCUGAU